CCAGGAUGGAGGCCUCGUGCCUGGAGCUGGCCCUGGAGGGCGAGCGCCUCUGCAAGGCCGGGGAUUUCAAGGCGGGUGCAGCCUUCUUUGAGGCGGCGGUGCAGGUGGGCACCGAGGACCUGAAGACGCUGAGUGCCAUCUACAGCCAGCUGGGCAAUGCCUACUUCUACCUGAAGGAGUACGCCCGGGCACUGGAGUACCACAGACACGACCUGCUGCUGGCCCGGACCAUCGGUGACCGCAUGGGCGAGGCUAAGGCCAGUGGGAACCUCGGCAACACCCUCAAGGUCCUCGGCCGCUUCGACGAGGCCGUCGUGUGCUGCCAGCGGCACCUGGACAUCGCCCAGGAGCAGGGGGACAAGGUCGGGGAGGCCAGGGCGCUGUACAACAUCGGCAACGUGUACCAUGCCAAGGGCAAGCAGCUGUCCUGGAACGCGGCGCAGGACCCCGGGCACCUGCCGCCCCACGUCCGGGAGCCUCUGCGCCGAGCCUCCGAGUUCUACGAGAGGAACCUGUCCCUCGUGAAGGAGCUGGGCGACCGGGCGGCCCAGGGCAGGGCCUACGGCAACCUGGGCAACACGCAUUACCUGCUGGGGAGCUUCAUGGAGGCCACGACCUUUCACAAGGAGCGCCUGGCCAUCGCUAAGGAAUUUGGAGACAAGGCGGCCGAGAGGAGGGCCUACAGCAACCUGGGGAACGCCCACAUCUUCCUGGGGCGCUUUGACGUGGCCGCUGAGUACUACAAGAAGACGCUGCAGCUGUCCCGGCAGCUCAAGGACCAGGCGGUGGAGGCGCAGGCCUGCUACAGCCUGGGCAACACCUACACGCUGCUGCAGGACUAUGAGCGCGCCGCCGAGUACCACCUGCGGCACCUGCUCAUCGCCCAGGAGCUGGCGGACAGGGUGGGAGAGGGCCGGGCAUGCUGGAGCUUGGGGAAUGCCUACGUGUCCAUGGGGAGCCCGGCGCAGGCCCUGACUUUCGCCAAGAAGCACCUGGAGAUCUCCCAGGAGAUCGGGGACCGCAACGGGGAGCUCACGGCCCGCAUGAACGUGGCGCAGCUGCAGCUGGUGCUGGGCCGGCUGAGCAGCCCAGCGGCCACGGAGAAGCCGGACCUGGCUGGCUACGAGGCCCAGGGCGCCAGGCCCAAGAGAACGCAGAGGCUGAGUGUGGAGACCUGGGGCCUGCCGAGGCUCCCCCCGGAGCGGGAGCGGAAUGGAGACAGCCACCAGGUGGGGGCGUGGCGGGGGCCAGGCAGGGACCUGCUCCCUCCCCCUGUGAGGAGCAGGAAGUACCAGGAGGGGCUGGAGACGGCUGAGAGGCCCCGCGAGGGCGGCCACUCCCCGCUGGACAGCGCAGACGUCCGAGUGCAGGUGCCUCGCACGAGCAUCCCGCGGGCCCCGUCCUGUGAGGACGAGUGCUUCUUUGACCUGCUGAGCAAGUUCCAGAGCAGCCGCAUGGACGAUCAGCGCUGCCCCCUGGAGGAGGGCCCGCCAGGGGCCGCUGAGGCCACCGCCGCCCCCGGCCUGGAGGAGAGGGUCGCCCGGCCCUCGCUGGCCGCCUCCCCCCAGACGGAGGAGUUCUUCGACCUCAUCGCCAGCUCACAGAGCCGCCGGCUGGACGACCAGCGCGCCAGCGUGGGCAGCCUGCCCGGCCUCCGCAUCACCCACAACAAUCUGGGCCACCUGCGUGCCGACGGGGACCCGCAGGAGCCCGGGGACGAGUUCUUCAACAUGCUCAUCAAGUGCCAGUCCUCCAGGAUUGACGACCAGCGCUGCCCGCCUCCAGACGUGCUGCCGCGCGGCCCCACCAUGCCCGACGAGGACUUCUUCAGCCUCAUCCAGAGGGUGCAGGCCAAGCGGAUGGACGAGCAGCGGGUGGACCUCGCCGGGAGCCCGGAGCAGGAGGCGAGCGGGAGACCGGAGCCCCCACAGCAGUGCCAGCCUGGUGCCAGCUAAGGCCUUGUGCCUGCGGCCAGGCCGGCCCCACCCCUGCUCCUGGCCUGGGGGCUGGGGCACGGGGGCAGGCCUCAUAGUCAUCUGUCCAGAAGCCCCUUCCUCUGGGGGCCAUGGCUGAGCACAGGCUCUGAUCCUCGGGCCCUUUCCGCUGUGGCAGAUGCUGGGCACGAAGCUCCCACAUCGGCCCCUCCCAGGGUGGCAGGCUCAGGCCAGGGCUGCCCUGGUGGGUGGGCAUGUUCCUGUCCCAGAGCAGCACCUGGGGGGGUGCACGGCCUCCUGCAGGCCUGCCUGGCCCACCCUCUCCCUGCCCCAGGUCUGGCCUGCAGCUUGUUGGGCCCAAACCCUCCGUGGCCUCCCCCUGCCCUGCCCGUCCUGCCUGGCAAAUGUGAAGCCCCUGCUGCCUCCCUCAGGCCCCAAAGGCCACUCUGGAGCCUCUUCUGUGGGGUCCACGGGUGACAUGGACAUUUCUGUCCUCCCAGGGGUGGUCCCAGGGAAGAUGCAGCAGACAUGUUUGCCUCUGUCCCAGCCUCUCGCCCACAGGGAGGGUCCCCUGCCGGCCCCUCGGCCGCGGGCUGGAGGAGGUGUGAGGCAGUCUCAGCCCGGAGCCUGACGAGGCAGUGGAGGCAGGUCAGGUGCCCCCACACAGAGCCUCGGGCCUCGGCAGUUCAGCCCCUGCCCCAGCGGGCACCCAGUCCUGGGUAGGCAGGGGAGCGGAUGGGUGGGGAUGGGCUCUGAAGCCCAGGGACAGAGCGGCCUGGUCCUGGAAUGCUAGUGGGCAGUGCGGUCAGGACGCACAGCACCGCAGGGCGAGGGGCCCACAGUGGAAGCUGGGGGGUUCAGCUCGGCCCGACCCCGGGCCCCCAGAUCAGCACCCAGCCCGCGCUGUGCCCCAAGCUGGGAGGAUGCCACCACUAUCUUCUGUGGGAGGGCCCAGCCCCCCCAUACCCAGGCCCAGCCAUGGGACUGCGCCGGAGACGGGUCCCUCGGGGCUGUGGCCGUCGCUGUGGGGCUCCCCGGCCCGGCCCCACCAGCAGCCCCGCGGCCCCCAGGGCAUGAGGCGGCCACGUCCUCCCCAGCCGGUGCCCCAGCCGGGCUCCUCCGUCUUUCUCAGAGGCCCUCCUGGCACGGGGAGGCGGCCGGACCCCACCUCGCAGCACAGCCUGGGCUCUGCACUUCGAUGCUCUGAAGGGUGUGGGUGGGAGCCGGGGACGGGGGUCGUCAGAUGCCAGAACUCGGCCCCCCACAUACUUGAAUGUACAAGCAUAUUUAUUGCUCACGCGUGUUUGCCCUGUUGUCAGUGGGUCCUUUCCAGCCCAAGAGGUACAUUGUUUUGUUUUUCCCAAAAAAAUAAAGUCUGCCAAGCGAA